UUCAUGCGGUGACCGCACCUCGAAGUUCCAUCCAAGGGUCGGUUUGGCCGAGUCACGACUCCCGCCGGCCUCCUCCCUUCAUCUCGAACUCUCCCUCUGUCUCUUCCAAAAAGAAAGAGAAAAAAUAAUUAAAUAAAAAUAAUAAAUUAUAAAUCUCCAAAUCAAAUCAAAACCCUAAAGUUAGGGUUCUCUCUCCUCCAAAAUCCGUAGGCCUCCAUCUUCCAAAUGUCGAAGCGCAAGUUCGGAUUCGAAGGAUUCAGCAUCAAUCGCCAGCCUACCUACAACUUCGAGCGCUCUGAAGCCCCCCAGCGCCUCUACGCCCCCGCCCACGACAACCAGGAGGACCGCGACCUCGACAACAUUGAUUACGACGCCGGUGACCAUCCCGAAGGCAACCCAAACCCAAACCCUAACCCUAACGAUGACACCGAAGAGAUCGACCCCCUCGACGCCUUCAUGGAGGGGAUCCAGGAGGAGAUCCGAGCUCCCCCUCCUCCCAAUCCUGCCAAGAAGCAGACGAUGGGCAACAAGUACGAUGACGAUGAGGACGACGACCCGAUGGAGAGCUUCUUGAAGGCCAAGAAGGAUUUGGGGCUGACGCUGGCGUCCGAUGCGCUGAGGGCGGGGUACAAUUCCGAUGAGGAGGUGUACGCGGCGGCCAAGGCCGUGGAUGCCGGGAUGUUGGAGUACGAUUCGGACGAUAAUCCUAUUCUUGUGGAUAAGAGGAAGAUUGAGCCGAUCGCGGCGUUGGAUCACAGUUCCGUUGAGUAUGAUGCCUUCUGUAAAGACUUUUACGAGGAAAAGCCGUCCAUCUCAGGAAUGAGUGACCAAGAUGUUGCUGAAUAUCGUAAAAGUUUAGCUAUACGUGUGUCUGGUUUUGAUGUGCCAAAGCCAGUCAAAGCAUUUGAAGAUUGUGGUUUUUCUACUACAUUAAUGAGUGCUAUCUCAAAGCAGAGCUACGAAAGGCCAACAUCAAUCCAGUGCCAAGCUUUACCUAUUGUCCUUUCUGGAAGGGAUAUCAUUGGCAUCGCAAAAACUGGUUCAGGCAAAACUGCAGCAUUUGUUCUUCCAAUGAUUGUCCACAUAAUGGACCAGCCUGAACUUGGAAAAGGAGAGGGUCCAAUAGGUGUGAUAUGUGCACCUACAAGAGAAUUAGCCCAUCAGAUAUUUCUAGAAGCAAAGAAGUUCGCAAAACCCCAUGGUAUUCGUGUUUCAGCUGUUUAUGGUGGUAUGUCGAAAUUGGAUCAGUUCAAAGAACUCAAGGCAGGUUGUGAGAUUGUCGUUGCCACCCCUGGCAGGCUUAUAGACAUGCUAAAAAUGAAGGCUCUAUCGAUGUAUAGGACAACAUACCUCGUUCUUGAUGAAGCUGACAGGAUGUUUGAUCUUGGGUUUGAACCACAGAUACGAUCUAUUGUUGGCCAGAUAAGGCCAGAUAGGCAAACAUUACUCUUCUCUGCGACUAUGCCUUUCAAAGUUGAGCGAUUAGCCAGAGAGAGUCUCUCAGAUCCAAUUAGAGUUACUGUUGGUGAAGUUGGAAUGGCCAACGAGGACAUUACUCAAGUAGUAUAUGUACUUCCUUCAGAUGCAGAGAAAAUGCCUUGGCUUCUUGAGAAGUUACCUGGAAUGAUUGAUGAGGGAGAUGUCCUUGUGUUUGCUUCUAAAAAGACUACAGUUGAUGAGAUUGAGACCCAGCUAAUUCAGAAAUCUUUCAAGGUUGCUUCACUUCAUGGUGACAAAGAUCAGGCAUCGAGAAUGGAAAUUUUACAGAAAUUCAAGUCAGGAGUUUAUCAUGUUCUAAUUGCAACUGAUGUUGCAGCUCGUGGACUUGACAUCAAGUCAAUCAAGUCAGUUGUUAAUUUUGAUAUUGCCAGAGACAUGGACAUGCAUGUCCACCGUAUUGGAAGAACGGGUCGUGCUGGAGAUAAGGAUGGUACUGCCUACACACUUAUCACACAAAAGGAAGCACGCUUUGCUGGUGAGCUGGUCAACAGUUUAAUUGCUGCUGGUCAGAAUGUGUCUCUUGAACUGAUGGACCUUGCUAUGAAGGAUGGGAAAUUCAGAUCCAAACGUGAUGCUAGAAAAGGUGGUAAGAAAGGGGGAGGCAAAGGAAAAGGGGGUGGUGGAAGUGGCCGAGGGGUGCGUGGUGUUGAUUUUGGCUUGGGAAUUGGCUAUAAGCCCGAGUCCUCGGCAUCAUCUUCUCAGUCUAACUCAAAUAGAUCUGCUGCUGUUAAUUCAUUAAGGACAGGGAUGAUGACACAAUUCAAAAAUAAUUUUGUUGCUGCUACAUCUAAUCCUCAGAGUGUUAGUAGAAAUCAAGCAAGCUCCAGGCCUGUGUUAUCUGGUUUUGUAUCUGGAGGUUCGAUUGGCGGAGAAUCAUACAAGACACAACCAGCAAUAAACUCUAAGCCUUCUGGUGGAACCAGUAGUUCAAAUGGAAAUCAGAAGACUGAAAGUUCUGGAGAUAGACGUCGAGAGAGAAAGCGACCGUCUGGAUGGGAUCGCUAAAAUUUCUCCAAUAUUACAGAUUGCUGUUUUGAUGGAGCACUUUGAAGUAGAGAUCCGCUGGAUAUACAGGAGAUGUACGAAAUGAUACCAUGUAAUAUUCAUGUAACGGGACGUGCUUAGAGAACUACCUAUGUUUAUUCGAAGCCGGUGUAUUAAUUUGUAAAUUACCAGAAUAAAUAUAUUUGCCUUUUUAUUCUUUUCUA